CGCCUCUCGGCUGGGAUUUGUCCCGCCCACCGCCGCCUGCCAAGUUCCGUUUCCGGCUUGCUGGGCACUAGGGUCCAGAAAGUGACCGCUGCCGUGGUCGCCAUGGGGAAGUCGGAUUUUCUUACUCCCAAGGCUAUCGCCAACAGGAUCAAGUCCAAGGGCCUGCAGAAACUACGCUGGUAUUGCCAGAUGUGCCAGAAGCAGUGCCGGGACGAGAAUGGCUUUAAGUGUCAUUGUAUGUCCGAAUCUCAUCAGAGACAACUAUUGCUGGCUUCAGAAAAUCCUCAGCAGUUUAUGGAUUAUUUUUCAGAGGAAUUCCGAAAUGACUUUUUAGAACUUCUCAGGAGACGCUUUGGCACUAAAAGGGUCCACAACAACAUUGUCUACAAUGAAUACAUCAGCCACCGAGAGCACAUCCAUAUGAAUGCAACUCAGUGGGAAACUCUGACCGAUUUUACUAAGUGGCUGGGCAGAGAAGGCUUGUGCAAAGUGGAUGAGACACCAAAAGGCUGGUAUAUUCAGUACAUAGACAGGGACCCAGAAACUAUUCGCCGGCAACUGGAACUGGAGAAAAAGAAAAAGCAGGACCUUGAUGAUGAAGAAAAAACUGCCAAAUUUAUUGAAGAACAAGUGAGAAGAGGCCUGGAAGGGAAGGAACAGGAGGCCCCUACUUUUACGGAAUUAAGCAGAGAAAAUGAUGAAGAGAAAGUCACGUUUAAUUUGAGUAAAGGAGCAUGCAGUUCAUCCGGAGCAACGUCUUCCAAGUCAAGUACUCUGGGACCGAGUGCACUGAAGACAAUAGGAAGUUCAGCAUCAGUGAAACGAAAAGAAUCUGCCCAGAGCUCAGCUCAGUCCAAAGAAAAGAAGAAAAAGAAAUCUGCACUGGAUGAAAUCAUGGAGAUUGAAGAGGAAAAGAAAAGGACUGCCCGAACAGAUUACUGGCUACAGCCUGAAAUUAUUGUGAAAAUUAUAACCAAAAAACUGGGAGAGAAAUAUCAUAAGAAAAAGGGUAUCGUUAAGGAAGUAAUUGACAAAUAUACAGCUGUUGUGAAGAUGAUUGAUUCUGGAGACAAGCUGAAACUUGACCAGACUCAUUUAGAGACGGUAAUUCCAGCACCAGGAAAAAGAAUUCUAGUUUUAAAUGGAGGCUACAGAGGAAAUGAAGGUACCCUUGAAUCCAUCAAUGAGAAGACUUUUUCAGCUACUAUCGUCAUUGAAACUGGCCCUUUAAAAGGACGCAGAGUGGAAGGAAUUCAAUAUGAAGACUUUUCUAAACUCGCCUGAGUUUGAAAAUGUGUUAACAAUACAUUAAAAUCUUAAAGCAUCAAAUUGGUGUUCGCCAGGGCGUUAUGAGACUCUACUGUGUUAGGGUAUUCUUUUGUAUUAAAAAACAGGGUUUUGAAAAUAUGACUGUAUAGUUGUUCAGCUAAACUUUGAGAACAAUUUAAUUAUGUCUCAUGAAGUAUCAAAACUAUGUAAUUUUGUCCUUGUUAUUUUUGUUUCCUUUGUAAUUUACUUGAAGAAUUUAUAUCUUCAUUAAAGAACGUUAUUAUAAAGUG